AAAGAAAAUUAAAAGUAAUCAUAGAUUNUAGAUGUGUAUAUAUUCUUCAUUGCGCCAUUUUAUCUUCACCCUGAGGCACAAAACCGCCAUAGAUGCAUAUUACUCACAGCUUACAGCCUCUUAACAAAAAAGCUCGAGUCUCUUUGCUCCAAUGUCGAACUAGACACCCGCAGCUCCACACACUUUGACACACGCACACACACACACACUCACACACACACACACACAGAAAUCAAACCACGAUGUUCGAUCUGAAUCUGGCCGCCGAUUUCUCCGGGAAGGCCAAUUUUGAGGACGACGGUCGCUCGGAGGCGCUGUCACCGGAGGAAGGAGAAAUCGCCUCCAGCAACGACGACGCGUGCUCCACACGCGCCGCCGACCCGUGUCUGGUUACCCGGGAUCUGUUCCCGGCGGAUCGGGUCGCGGAUGCCCCCUCGGAUCACGGUCCUCCGCAGGUGCAGGGGAAGAAGAGCCGGCGGGGCCCCCGGUCGAGGAGUUCGCAGUACAGAGGGGUUACUUUCUACCGGAGGACCGGCCGGUGGGAGUCACAUAUAUGGGAUUGUGGGAAACAAGUUUAUUUGGGUGGAUUUGACACUGCUCUUGCAGCGGCUAGAGCUUACGACAGAGCUGCAAUAAAGUUCCGUGGAGUCGAUGCUGAUAUCAACUUUAACCUCAAAGACUAUGAGGAAGAUAUGAAGCAAGUGAGAGGCUAUCCUCAGUCUUUAGUUUUCGUGUUUUGUAACACCUAUAUUCUCAUGUUCAUGAACAAUUUCGCAAUUAACUUUGGUAGCUUCUUCGAGUGGAAGAAUGAUUGUCGUGUGUGUAAAGCUAACAAUCUGUCGAAGGAAGAAUUUGUGCAUAUAUUACGUAGGCAGAGCACUGGAUUCUCGAGGGGUAGUUCUAAGUACAGAGGAGUUACGCUCCACAAGUGUGGCCGUUGGGAAGCUCGAAUGGGACAAUUUCUUGGCAAAAAAUAUCUCAUAGAAUUUAGCUUUAGAUCGUUUGCAGGUUGUUCUAGUGAAAGUCUCGAUUCACCAGAACUUACUGAAUUAGUGAAUUUUGUUAUGUAUAUAUAUCUUGGGCUAUUCAACACUGAAGUAGAAGCUGCAAGGGCUUAUGACAAGGCUGCCAUCAAGUGCAAUGGAAGAGAAGCUGUCACCAACUUUGAGCCGAGCACGUACGAAGGAGAGAUGCUAUCAGAAGCAUAUAGCCAAGGUGGCGAAAAUGAUCUUGAUUUGAACUUGGGGAUGUCAGUUUCUUCUCCAAAGGAUACUGGAAAUUCCGGGUCUUUCAGAUUCCGUCCUUAUGAUGUUAACGAUGCAAGAAUUUCGACGUUAUCUGUACUUCUGCAGCAGCUAAACAUGGAGAAUCCGACCGCUGCAAGAGUGGGUAAUCCACCACCGCUAAACGGACUGCCGAUAACAACAUUAGCUCAUCCUAUUUUGUUAACCGGAAUGAAUCAUGAAUUCGCUCCUUCGUACGAGGAAGAGGCCAUUGAGCGAGCUCGAAAACCAGCUUCUCGAGAAGAAGUAGGUCAGUGGGCCCGUGCGUGUAGCGAUCAGUUUCGAGCUAACCCGACUGCAACUGCAGCAUCAUCAGGAUUCUCAUCAUCAUCUCCAUUCUCUAGUUCGUAUCCAACGGCCCUUAACCUCUGCUUCUCUUUGUGUCCAAAUGCACCUUCAACAAAAGCUUCUCAACAUUCAUCUGCACAUAUAAGCUCAACCUUGCCACGCCCAUGAACUUGAAGCAUCAUCUGCUUCGGAUAUGCAGAGACACAAUAUUUCUUGUUCUUUUUUUAUUUUUGUAACUCUUUUUGUUCUCUGUUUUUUUCUUUCGUCCAAAAGACGUUGAUGUACAGAGAACAUAUAAAAUAUUGGGGAAUGCUACAAUCCCGUGAGGGAAUGGUUCCCUCAAAUCAAUAUAAGCCAUUACGUCCUUUAUUUUUUAUAUGGACCUUUAGAUGUAAUAAAAUAAAAGUGAUGUGACAGUUUUUUGUUGGAGUUUGAUGUAAGAGAAUGGUUAUGUUAUAGGACCGUAGCAUUGUCUAUAUUGGAGGUAAUGGUCCUGUUACGGAUCUGUAGCAUUUUCCUAAAAUAUUAUUUUACAACUUACGGAGAUGAUUGAUAUAUAUUGAUAACAAUUUGUUACCAUGUAAAAUAUUAUUUCACAACUUACAGAGAUGAGUGAUAUAUAUUGAUAAUAAUUCGUUACCAAACUAUUUUGUAC